AUGACCGCCAUCCGGCUACGACAAUUUGUUGACCGCCACCCAGUGAUCCCACCCAGCCCAUUCAUUGCUCAUCAAGGCAAGGACCUCCUGGGCUACCUCCCUGGGCAGCUGGCACGAAUCCAUGUUGAUUCCAGUGUAAGGAGCUCUCCCAGAUCUCUCAUAGACUUGGCCAUGCCACCCGAGGAGAAACGUCAGUGUCAGCCUCAGCUAGACCAACAAACUCUCAUCCGAUAUAUUUGUUUUCAAAGACACUCCAAGCCUGCCGAAGCAUGGUACAAAGAAACCACGUACCAAAAACACUAUUCGCUGCCAUUUUACGUGCUUGAUUGGGACCAGAAAUUAGGCACAAUUUCCUCGAAUCCUCGACCAAUCAAUUCACUACCGGAGUUCUGCUGUUGUGAAGAGAGAUGGCGCUGA